UCGCCAUGCUUAUGGUAUUAAAAAAAAGACAACUACAAUUUAAUACAUAGAGUUAAGCUACUUUUGAUCUUAACGCUACACAUUUCCAAUGCAAGUAAAAACAUAUGGCGCCUUGAACAAUUGCGGCAUUUAUGUUUACUGUUUGGAUAAAGCUUAGAAAAUGUUAAAAUCAUAUCAAAUUGAAGAGUUAUUUAAGAGAAUACCAUCAGGAUAUCUUAAACCGGAUGAUACAUUUUUUAGCUCAACAAAUAGGAAACAAUUUCAACCCUUUAAGAAAUUGGGCGCUAUUAGCAGCGCACAGAUAGAAGAGGACGUUACAGAUACAGUGAAAGAUGCAUCGAGCAGCAUAUACUGCAAUGUAAUGAACUGCAACUUAGAAUUUGAUAAUGCUGCAGCAUAUAAACUACACUACAAUCGGAUGCACAGGUUCACCUGCCAAGAGUGUAAGAAAUGCGGAUUUCCGACAGAGCACUUAUUAGACUUACAUAUCUGUGAAACGCAUGAUGCAUACUUUCAAGCACGACUAGAAAGAGGAGAACGUCUAUAUAAAUGCUAUGUUGAGGAAUGUUUGGAAGUUUUCCUUAAUCCAGACGAACGUAAGAAGCAUUGUAUAGAACAACACAAGUUUCCCGCAAACUUUAGAUUCGAACAUAUUCCACAUAAACAUAAUGGAGCAGUGCUUAAAAAUCUGGAAAAAGAGCAAAGCGAUGACAAUCCUAUGGAACUAGACAAUCAAGACAAGAAAUGUCAGCAAUCGUCCAAAGAAGUGUCAUUUAAAAGUUUCUCGUUUGGUCAUCAAGAAAGAACAUUUCAGCUAAAAGGUGGCCAUCAUAAGCAGGACCCUGGAAAAGCAUUGGAAAAUCUGGACUCUCUUAAAGAUGCCUUAAGUUCAAUGUAGAUAGCUGAUAUGCUUAAUUGAAAUAUAUUUGUUCGUUACAUCAUGAAAUAGGUUUUCUUUAUUGGCUAUAAAAUACAGUGCACAAAAACUUAAA